UUCAGCCCAAAAGCUAGUCACUUCAAGAUGUGGUCCCAAUCCAUUCGGAUCGGUUUCUUCUCGAGAUCCUCUGCCAAAUCCAGUGUCCUUUGCGGGAAACGCACAUUCUCGGGAGAUGUAAAGAGCAAACGAAUUGGAUUAGUGGGCAUGGGUCACGUCGGGGAUGCUGUGCUCCACAAUUUGCGACGAAAUGGGUUCACUGUGAGUGCCAUAAGUGACAAAUUCAUUGACAAGUGCACAGGGCGGUUCCCAUCGGAGAUCCCGGUCAUGAAGACCUCUCGGGAGGUGGCUGAGAACUCGGAUAUCGUCGUGACUGGCUUGCCCAAACCCCCGGAUGUCAAGGACUGCUUUGAAGGUGCGGACGGUCUCCUGGCGGGUUUGAGACAGGACUCGGUGUGGAUUGACCACUCAACCACCGAUUAUGGCCAGAACUUGGACUUUGAUGCGGCAGUGAAGGAAAAAGGAGCGCAUUUACUCGAGGCCCCCAUCACGGGUGGAUUGGACGCGUUGAAACGCGGACAGAUGGCCGUGUGGGUGGCGGGCGAGAAGGAUGUGUACACCUACACGAAACCAGUAUUUGAUGCCAGUUAUUCCACUGUGAUGUACACGGGAGGCAUUGGAACCGCUAUGAUCCCCAAAGUGGUCUCCAACAUGCUAUGUUGCGUUCAAGUCGUGGCCAUGGGAGAAAUGCUCAUGCUGGCCAAGCGAUCUGGCUUGGACCUCAAGACAUUUUGGCACGCCAUUCGAGCCUCAGCCGGAAACAGUUUCUUAUGGGAAACGGCUGGACCUAACAUCUUCCGAGGCGACUAUCAUGAAUCAUUCGCUCUGGAACUCCAAGUGAAGGAUAUUCAACUCUGUUACGACAUGGCCAAGAAAGCCAAGGUUCCCACGGAGCUGAUCGGCGCCAUGCAUCAGAUCUACAACCGAGCCUUAUACCAAUUAGGCCCAGAUGUCGGAUGCUAUGCUCCUCCGCGGCUUUUGGAAGAAGCUCUUAAGGAGGAUCUGCGGGCCCCAGGUUUCGAGAAAUGGACUUAUGACAUUGAGAAUGUUGAAGGAGCCUUGCAUAUCCGCCAUAAAGGCGUCGAUCUCAAAAUGGAUGAAUCCGAGAAACAAAACACCAAAGUUUGAUGGAUUCGAUUUGGAUAGGUGAAGGGAUGGCAAUCCCCCGUUUGGGAGGUAUAACUUGGAAGUGAAAGCGAAAGUAUAAUAUUCACACGUCAAUUUGUUGACGCUUUUCAAGAAACCCGAGGAAUAUUUGAACAAGCCAUUCCUGUUGGAUUCAUUUAUGAGCGAAAUAAAGAGUGUUCAAAAAAAAAAACGAAUGA